AUGAACUUGUCCAUCCUGGAAACGGCCACCGCCACCAACCCCGGCUUCGUGGUGAGGAUCACCCAGGCAGGAUUGGACUACGCCCAACAGCAGGGGAUCGCGAUCCUGGAGAAGGAGCUGGCCCAGCUGAAGCUGCCAGACUUCUCAGGGGACUCUCGUGUCCUGCGUGUGGGGAAAGUACACUAUGAGCUCUCCAGACUGCGCCUUCGUGAUUUCCACUUGCCGUACUCACGGAUCACCCCGAUCUCCAAUGUGGGCCUGCAGGUCGCCAUCUCCAAUGCCUAUACCGAGCUGGAUGGGGACUGGCGGGUGAAGUUUCUCUUCAUCAGCCGGGACCAUGGAUCUUUCAACCUGAAGGUGGAAAAUAUCUACAUCAAAAUCAUCCUGAGGCUGGGCAGUGACACCACUGGGAAGCCCACCAUCAGCACCGCAGACUGCAGUGCCCACAUCUCCAAAGUCCGUGUGCGCUUUUCAGGCAAGCUUGGGUGGCUUUACAACCUGUUCCACCGCGUUAUUGAGUCCAAGUUGCGAAAUAUUUUGGAGGACAAGGUGUGUGACAAUGUGGCCAAGUCUGUGAAAAACGAGCUCCAGACGUACAUCCAGACGCUGCCAGGUACUGGGGGGGCUGUAAGUGGGUUUAGAAGCAGCUCUUCCAAGCUUUCCCCAUCCAUGAGGAAUGUUUUACUUUGUGUCCACUCCCCAUCUUCUUGUGGUGAAUUCUACUCCCUGGCCCACCGCUCCACCGUCCCCUUCUCACCGCUGCCACUGGCCUUCCCCUCGGAUCACGAGCGCAUGGUUUACUUUGGAGCCUCCAGCUACUUCUUCAACACAGCUGGCAUUGCCUACCACAAGGCCGGGGCACUGGUCUUUGAAAUCACAGAGGCCAUGAUCCCAAAGGAUGCAGGAUUCAGCUUGGACACCUCUAUCUUCUCAGCCUUCAUUCCCCAGGUGAGCAGUCUGGCCCUGCCUGCCCAGAGCUCUUGCACACACAGGCUUUGCGCUGUGUGUGACAAUGUGGCCAAGUCUGUGAAAAACGAGCUCCAGACGUACAUCCAGACACUACCAG